AUGCACCGCCAUAUCCUCAUUAAACGCUACAAGCCCAGGAGAGUCCAAUUCAAGGUUACCAGGAGGCCCCGAAAGACCGAAGCCGAGCACUUCCUGGAGCUCGAGCGACAGAUCAGCGACUUCGAACACCGCAUCGAAACCAACCAGAUCCAGAUCGACAACAUCAUCAGUGACUUCGAGCACCGGGUCGAAACCAACCAGAUCCCGCUUAGCCACCUCAUGGGCAACGACCCCAGCUACGCCGCCACCACUUCAAGCAGUAGCAGCAGUAGGGGCAAUGGAGGUUACGCCCAGUACUGUAGUGCAAGCGCCGACGGCUCCCAGUCCAGCAGGCGCCGCAGGGGCGUCUCCAGAACGAGGUUCACCGAGCACCUAGACUAUUCAGACAUGGAUUUCGACGAUGCACUCAUUGAGGCGGCAUUUAGCGACUAUUAUGCACCGGAGGAACGCGGGAGGAGGAUCAAGCUUGACGUCAACGGGGAGCCGUGGUCUGAGCCGAGGAAGCUGUGUGUUGUCGGGGAGAUCCCGGAGGGGUGUGAGGAGCUUGUUGAGGACCUUCGUCGGUUUCCGGAGAAUACAUAUCUUUUGGCAGAGCUGCGGAAGCUUGGGUAUAAGGUGAUUGCAGAUCCGUUGUAUACGGUGAGGCAUAGGUGUUGGUGUCCGACGUGUGCUGGGGGUUGGAAUAGAGGGGUGGGGUGCUGCGCUGUUACGGUUGUUGCGAGGUUUGGGGAUGGAGGGGAUAAUAGCCAUAGGUGGGCUUAG